AUGUCUAACCUUACUUACGAAGCGAGAUCUCAGACCCAUGCCAGUCCCGUGGCAGCCAAGUUACUGGCUUUGAUGUCCGAGAAGAAAACCAACUUAUGCGCAUCUCUCGACGUUCCUACUACCAAAGAACUGCUAGAUCUGGUGGAGGUUUUGGGGCCUCAUAUCUGUCUGCUCAAAACACAUGUGGACAUCUUAGUUGAUUUCAGCAUGGAGGGCACUGUUAAGCCAUUGAAAGAACUGGCUAAAAAGCACAAUUUCAUGAUCUUUGAGGACCGCAAGUUUGCUGAUAUCGGAAAUACCGUGAAACUGCAGUACUCGUCUGGCGUUUACAAAAUUGCUCAAUGGGCAGACAUUACCAACGCACAUGGGGUCACAGGGCCAGGCAUUGUUCAAGGAUUGAAGCAAGCUGCUCAAGAGACCACUGACGAGCCCAGAGGUUUACUCAUGCUUGCAGAAUUGUCCUGCAAGGGUGCUCUGGCGCAUGGACAAUAUACAAGGGAAACAGUGGAAAUUGCGAAAAGUGACAAAGAUUUUGUGAUCGGGUUCAUUGCUCAAAAUGACAUGGGUGGCCGGGACGAAGGCUUCGAUUGGUUGAUCAUGACACCAGGAGUGGGGCUUGAUGAUAAGGGCGACAGUCUGGGUCAACAAUACCGCACUGUUGACGAAGUGGUUUCCGGAGGGUCCGACAUUAUUAUUGUGGGACGCGGUCUUUUUGGUAAAGGCAGAGAUGCCAGCUUAGAGAGUGCAAGGUACCGCAAGGCCGGGUGGGAUGCUUACUUGAAGAGAAUUUAA